AUGGUUGAUGUGAAUAAUAAACGUGACCCUAACGAGAGUGAAAUCACUAUAGGUAGUGCUGUUUCUUCGGUUGCUGUUACUAAUGUAGCUUCUUUGAGUACUUCGGAUCAAGACGAAAUUGGAUGUUUGAGCGUGGAGAAUGUAGGCGUCGGUGGCAAUAGCGUUAGCCACAGUGAUGGCACUACUGAGGGGGCUAACAUUCGGUACCCUAGGUGCGAUGAGGAGUCAUCUAGGUUUUAUGGACAUGCUGUUGUGUUGAAUAUGCAGCAUGAGGAAAAAAGCAUGGAAUUAUCCACCUGUCGCACUCCACCAUCAUUGACUUGUAUUACAAGUAUCGGGAUGAGCACUACCAACAGUGAUAAGAUGGAUGAAGUUAAGAGCAUUCCUAGCAAAGAAAGCAAUGUUAAUCGAGUAAAGUUAGCCACUGUGCAUGAGUCAACUGUAUGUCAUGGGAAGGUGACUGCUACUAGUACAGCUGAGGCUACUAAUGAUAACAUUGAUACUCCUGCGAGUAAUAGUGAUCGAUGGAAGUUAAAAGACACUCAUCGUCGUCGAAAUGAUCGUACGUUACGCUCACAUACUGCUACCCAAGCUAAGAAGCAUAAGAAACAACAUGAUGCUACUAUCUUUAAGAAGCGUAAACUUCGUUCUCUUUCGGAUGCUAUGACUAGCAAUGGAAAUAGUAGUCAUCAGAAUCUUAGUAGUGACAGCGAUAGUAAAGAGACAGAAAGUGUGAGCAAUCCACCUAUAGUGACUAGUCGAUUAACUUCAUCGAAUGAGCCUUCUAGUGUUUUGACGUCAUCGGACCCUGCCGCGAAUGUUAAGUUGAUUGAGGAUACACAAGGUUGUGUAACUGUAAGUGUUCCUACUUCGGUUGACUGUCAGUCGAGUGAUGAUGAGAAGGAAGCGUCUGAUGGUAACAGCCAGUCUACAGUGUUGCAUGAUAACGAUGCUAUUGAUGUGCAUAUGUCUUGUGUCUCCGAAAUGGAGCAUGAAGAACAACAAGUGAGUUCAUCGGUUUCGAAUUGUGACACUAAUGCUGUUCUUUCAUAUAACGAGAUGAGUUAUACAACAAAGGAAGAGUUUCACUCUACGGAUUCUAGUGAAUUGAAGUGUUGA